UAAACCUUUCUCAACCAGCUAGUGAGAUCGAGAAGGAGCGGCUGACAGCAUAGCCUCACCCGGUGCAGAAAGAAGAACAACAGCAAGGGCCGACAGAUUCAUGAAAUUUUGCUGGCCUGAGGUAACCUCCAAACACCGCACCGGCUAACUGUCCAACUUCAUUGAUGUACCGCAACCGACUUUGGCAGCCUCUAACGUUAUCGCCGCAAGACGCCUCGUGUGGUGGCAAGAGCGAGCGUUCAAAGCUCCUCAUCUUGCGCCGCCGCUCCAGUGAGAUAUCAGCUCAUCUGGUCCUUCUCGCGCGGGUCAUCCGUUCCAAUCGACGCGCGGCUUCGCGCCGAAUGCCCAGGCAGCAAGCCCGCCCAACCCACCGCGCAAUUGACCAACGGCAGGCCUCAACUCACACCUUUGCAGCCUCCUCCUAGCCAACCAGAUGGCCAACCUGGAACGUCCCCUCAAUGCAUGGAACAUAUGCCACCCUUCCUGUUCCCAAUUGCGACCCUGUCCAGCCUUGUGGACCCAAGAUGCGGUUGCCUGUUGCCCCCCCCCCACCCCCCCCCUCUCCUUGUGCGCCAAUCCCUCCUCAGAUCACUCGCAGAGUUAAAUGGGCCGACAUCUUCCUUUCCGUGGUUCAUCAUCAUUCAUCACCUUUUGGAAACUGAUCGGCGCAUUAAGUCUUUUUCUCAUUGCUCCUCGCCGGUUGAACGCUCAUCAUCGAGCUAAUCCGCAUCAUGUCCCGCACUCACGACAGAUGGAGGCGUUCUGCACGGGGUCGGGACCAUGCCGACGACAGUGACUCCGAAAGCAUAUCCGCCAGUUCCAGCCUGUCGUCCGAUGACCAUUCAGGCCGAGACGCACCGGGUCGCGCUCGCGGGUUUCUUCUCGAGGACGGAGAGCAAGGCAAAGCCGUCUACGAAGCGUGGGACUUGAUUUACGAACCGGGAAUGCAGAAGCUCUCGGGCGGUUUUAAAGCCGCGCUCGGGAUCAAGAUUAAGAAAUACGAAGAGGUCGAAAGUAGAGUGUACUGGAGAUCGCGACUUGCAUCGCAAUCAGAGCUGGCAGGCAUGCACUCGCAGGCUAUCGAAGCAUUCCUGGCGAAGCACAAGCGAUCGUGGGCUGCGCGACCCUUCCACGGUGCCGAGAAGACGUACGAACAGGAUCUCGACGAAAGAUGCAGAAAGAUGCCAGGCGAUGUCAAGACUCUCCUGACCGCCAUCCUCUCGGAUCGGGACAAAGCGACAUCGACCCGUUACCGAACGCGGACCUGGACCGUUGUAGCUUUGCGAGAGCAGCUGAUGGAUCGGUUUGUUAAGACCGAGUGUCCGGAUGUGAGGCGGCACAAGUUCCGGCGCUGGAAGAAUCCCAAACUCCAAGAGCCCCUAAUGUAUACGGUGGUCAUCCGAGGAGCCGAGACCAAGGUGGUCCCUGCCGGCGAGAAGGGGCAAUACAGAUCCUUCCCGUCGUGCAAUCCCUGGGAGCGGUUCGACCGCAUUGAAGCACGUCGCAGGGAGCGCGAAAAGCGCGAGCGGCAGCGUGUUCUUCAUCAGAAGAGACGCUCGUUGUCCCGCGCGUCCUUUACCGAGUCGCCGUCAUCCCGUAGUCGAUCGUCCUCGUCUUACGGAACCAGAGCACGCUCUGCCUCCCCCCCCUCGUAUCGCAGCUCGCAGAGCCGAUAUGGCUCGCCGCCGCCUCCGUCGGUUCUGCGCUCUCGCAGCGACUCCCCACCCCCUUACCGACGCUCCGUGAGAAGUGGAUCCUCAGCCGAUAGCCGCUCCCCCCGUGUCGGCUUCCGAGUCGCCCCGCGCCACUACCCCCCGACCAACUUCGACAACGACGCCAUCUUCCCGCCAGCCCCUCCCGAGAGUUUCACUCCUCCACCCCCCGACACCUCGGCCUACUACCGCCCCAGCUGUCCCGGCAUGGGCCUUCCCGACCCGGCGCCGCCGCCCUUCCAUCCGCGCCCGCCUUUUUCAGUCCCGGGGAUGCAACCCCCCGGCGGCGGCGGCGCCAGCAGCAUCGGCGGACCCUUUGCGCCGCACAUUGCCGACCCGCACUUCCCACCGACCCCGACGGCCUGCCCGGCCUGCAGCGCCACCCGCGCCCUGCCCUGCGCCCACUACCCGUGCCACUCGCCGUGCUCCCGGCCCAUGUACUGGCACGCCGGGAUGCUCUACCACCCGCCGUGUACCCGGCGUCUGGAGGAGGAGGAGGAGGAGGAGCACAGCCUGCAGCCGCCGCCCUCCGUCCCGGCGCGCGACGACUCGCCAAUCGGACAGUUCGCACCGUAUCACCACCAUCCCCACCAUCCCCACUCCCAACAUCAACAAGAUCAAUUCGGCGGGUUCGGUCCGGCGCCGCCGCAGCCCGCGAGCUGGUCGUCGUCGGCAUCGUCGGUGGGCCCGAUCCCGCCGGCGCCGAACCCGUUCUCGCCGCUCUCAACGCCGCCGCUGACCAGCAUUGGCGGGUCGAGCGUGGGCGGGUCGAGCCCGGUCAUGGAGCGGGUGAGCACCUCCGCGGGCGGGGGAGAGGCCGGGGCGGAGGCAGGCUGCUCAUAACCGCGGUGAGAGGGCCGAAAGGUCUCCGGCUCCGUCGCUGAGGGGGGCUAAUGGUGGGUGUAAGGGGGACGAGCAGGAGUAAGCUUGUUUACUUGUCACUUCAUCCGGGGUCGCUGGCGUGCCGCUACUGGUUCGAUGUAUGAUGGGUGAUGACUCGUUGAUGCGGCCCGCUCACGUCGUGUCGUUUGUCGUUUGAUUCUUCGCCAUGGUGUUAUUUUCAGUUGCCUUUCUAGCAGUUUUUUUUUUAUCGCAUCAUGGUCACCUCUAGAAUGAAUGAUUCGGUGAACAUGCUGAACCGAGGAAAGCGUUCUGGGGGCCGAGGAUACUCUAUUUCAGAUCAGAUACGACUACGGCUACAGAUGAAUUACGGAUUGCGUUACGGAGUAAUUACCUCCAGAUAGGAAGAGCAUGUGGGCCCCACCCCAAAAG